AUGGGCCGGAUAAAGAAGAAGGGCCAGGCCGGCGCGGCCAAGAAUUUCGUGACUCGAACUCAGGCGGUCAAGAAGCUUCAGAUCAGCCUCCCUGAUUUUCGAAAGCUGUGCAUUUGGAAGGGAAUCUAUCCUCGCGAGCCCAGGAACAAGAAGAAGGUCUCCAAGUCUGCCACCGCCUCGACUACUUUCUAUUAUGCGAAGGAUAUCCAAUAUCUCCUCCACGAGCCGCUAUUGCAGAAGUUCAGAGAGCAAAAGGUUUUAGAGAAGAAGAUCUCCAAGGCCUUGGGAAGAGGCGAUGUCUCCGACGCUGCGAGAUUCGAGCGCAAUGCUGCCCGUCCCGAGAAGACAGGCAAGCCGAGAUAUACCCUCGACCAUGUCAUCAGAGAGCGCUACCCAACAUUCAUCGAUGCCGUCAGGGAUCUUGAUGACUGCUUGUCAAUGCUUUUUCUCUUCGCAAAUCUUCCUUCCACCUCGACCGUUCCUGCUAAGAUGAUCGCCCGAUGCGAAAGACUUUGUCUCGAGUUUCAGCAUUACCUGAUCGUCUCGCACAGUCUGCAAAAGUCAUUCUUGUCGAUUAAGGGAAUCUACUAUCAAGCAAAUAUUCAGGGCGAGGAUGUUCUCUGGCUGGUUCCGUACAAGUUUAAUCAGCGAGUUGUUGGCGAUGUCGAUUUCCGAAUUAUGGGCACCUUCAUCGAGUUCUACAUGACUCUACUAGGCUUUGUCAACUUCCGACUGUAUACUUCCCUUGGGCUCAAGUAUCCCCCGAAAUUUGACCAGAGCAAAGAUGACCAGGCAGGCGAAUUGGGCGCUUUCACUCUAGAGGGUAUCAACAUCGCUGCGAAGGAGGACGAGCCCAAACAGCUAACAAACGGCGAGGCUGAGCGUGGACCGGAUCCCAAAGUGCAAGCGGAGAUCAACAAGCUGGUUCGACAAAUGAAGGAGUCCGAGUCGAAUGGCGACAGCAAGGCCUCGGGAGAGAGGAACGGCGCUGACGCUGAUGGCGAGGAUGCACCGGCCACGGACGCCAUUGACAAGUUUGAGCCUGCAGCUCCGGGAGGCGACAUCUUACCGCAGCCAUCAUACAGCACAAGCGAUCCUGCCGCUCUAUUUUCAAAGUGUACAUUUUUCCUCGGUCGUGAAACCCCUCGUCAGCCAUUGGAGUUCAUCUUGAGGUCCUUCGGCUGUAAGCGAAUUGGUUGGGAUGCUGUGCUGGGCGAAGGCGCAUACACCACCAAUGAGCUCGACCCAUCUAUCACACAUCAAAUCGUCGAUCGUCCAAUGAUCCAGGCGGCUGUGGAAGCAGAUGGCGACGGUGAAGACAACCAGACUUCGCAAAAGCUAGCUCCGAAUCAAAGAAUUCCGGGUCGCAUUUAUGUGCAGCCUCAGUGGGUGUGGGACAGCAUAAAUGAUGAGGAGCUAAAAGAUACCAACUUAUAUGCACCGGGAGCACAGCUGCCACCCCAUCUGAGUCCGUUUGUCCAGCCUGUUCAAGGACAGUACGAUCCGACCAUCUCGCUGGAGGAACAGCAGACAGAGGCAGAGGCUCUCGAAGCCGAUGAAGAGCUUGAAGAGAAGGACAAGGAUGACCUCGCUGUCAAAGCAAUUGACGAGUCUGCUAAUGACAUGGACGUUGCUGAGUCGGAAGAGGAUGAUGAGAGCGAUGAGGAUGAUAACGGUUCUUUUGGAGGCUUCUCAGACAAUGAAGAUGCCGAAGAGGAAUCGGAGGACGAGGCGAUGCAGCGGCAGAGAGAGCUGGAGGCUGAACUGACUGGAAAGUCCGUCAAGGCGAAGGCAGAGAAUCCCAAGGAUAAGGCAAAGGCAGAAGCUCGCAAAGAACUGGCAAGAAGGGCGAAGGAAGAAGCAGAGGAUCUCGAGCGCGCCAAGGGUAUGCUAAGCAAGAAGAAGAGGAAGCUGUUUGAGCAGAUGAUCUAUACGAAUACAAAGAAGAGUGCCGAGGACGAGAAGCUCCGGGCUAAGAGGAGAAGGAUCGAAAAGCAGAAGGGCAAAGGGAAACAAGCAUAA